AUGCCGGUCUCUUUAAAUGAAGGUAUUGUUUCUCGUACGUUUAGAGGUCGAAGGAUAAAUGCAAUAGACGCUCUGGACAACAUAGAAGAAUACCACAUUGAUUGGAUGUUUGCAACAAAUAGAUUGUGUUUAGAGCUGAGGUCUUCAGACUAUUUACUAGUAAAAGCAUAA